ACAAAAAGUAUCAGUUGUUUAACCUUUCUCAACGAUUCAGCACUAUGAAAUUGCUUUUAGUUUUCGCUUUGGCUUUGGCUUGCGCCUCUGCCUUUGAUCUUAGAUCAAAUGAAAUCUUCUCCCGUAGUGCCGUGAUGCCAAUUCUUGAUGAGCCAGAGGGACGUAUUACCAACGGCAACACUGCUUCAGUAGGACAAUUCCCAUAUCAAGUUGGUCUUUCAUUGAAGGUCAGUGCUAUCUCCUCUGCUUGGUGUGGUGGUUCCUUGAUUGGAAAUUCCUGGGUAUUGACUGCUGCUCACUGUACUGAUGGUAUAUCAUCCGUCACUGUUUACUUGGGUGCUACAGUCCGUACCUCAGCAGAAGUAACCUCUACAGUAUCAAGCAGCUCAAUCAUUAUUCACUCCGGUUGGAAUUCUAAGACUUUAAAGAACGAUAUCUCUUUGAUUAAGAUCCCAUCCGUAUCAUACAGCACCAAGAUUCAAGCCGUUAAAUUACCUGCAAUUGCUAGCUCAUAUUCAACAUAUGCUGGUGAAAAAGGCAUCGCUUCUGGUUGGGGUCGUAUUAGCGAUUCCGCUACCGGCGUAACCAACAAUUUGCAAUAUGCUAUAGUACCAAUUAUCACUAACGCUGUUUGCGCUACUACAUUUGGCAGCACUAUUACUGCCAGCAACAUUUGUGUAUCUACAACUGGCGGAGUAUCCACCUGCAACGGUGAUUCCGGCGGUCCAUUGGUUUUGCAAUCUAAUAAUAUUCAAGUUGGUUUGACUUCCUUCGGUGCUGCUGCUGGUUGCGCAAAGGGUUAUCCAGCUGCUUUCACACGUGUUACCAGCUACUUGGACUGGAUUAAAUCUAACACUGGAAUUUCCAGUUAAAAAAUAAUAAACAUUGAAUAAAAAUGAAUAAACGACUAUAUUAAAAAAUAA